UCCUGGAAACACGAUUGAACUAUGUCUUGGAAAUUUUGUUCGAGUGAAGAAUGUUCAAAAUAAGCCUAAAAGAAACUAGUUCUGAUGGCUCCUUGAGUUCCUCUGCAUUUCAUGAGAGUUGUAGCACUUUUCGUGAAAUAUAGCUUUCCAAAACUUACUUUAAAGAUAAAUUGAAGAGUUGGUGGGCAUGUAAUUAGAGAACUGGGGCUAAAAAUAAACUGCAGAGCUUCUAUCACAUUUUCUUCCUGGAAAGUUUUUAUUUCUGGAUUUAUUAGUGGGAGUCAGUCUUCUGUAGGCUAGUUGAUUUCAGUGGUUCUGAGGAUAGUAGUAGACAUCUUAAAAGUACAGUAAUGCAAGCAUGAGAGUUAAAACAACAAAAUACUAUGACCAUAAAUUUCAUAAUUAAAUCUGAAGUUUGGCAAAGAUAAUAUUUUGUUUCUUUUCUGUGUUCCGGGGUAACUAAGCAUGAGACUAAAGGACUUCUAGCACUACAAUGGUGACAAAUUACUUACAUACCCAUCUUGUUGUGCCUUAAAAUUGACCAGCAACAUGGCUAACAAACUACCUGCUACUGAGAAAAUAAGUCCAGCUUCUAAUAAUUGAAGCAGUGGUAAGGGUUGAAUUGGCUCAUCCCCUCCAAUUUUAAAAUAAGAGGGAGAACUCCAAGUAAUUCCUUCAUUUAUUGUUUCAGUAUUAUAGCUCACAGCUUUCCUCUCAGUAGUUUAAAAGACUGUGUGAGUUUGUUAAUAAAACAGAUCAGCAGAGCUUGUGUAUGUAAGGCAGCAGUGAUGGUGUUCUAGUCUAAAUCUGACUCAUUAGGAUCGGUGCAUGGGUAAGUUUUCAGAAAGCUCAAGUCUUCUGGGUAGACGUAGCUAGAGUGAGCUUUAAGCCUGUCUUUAAUGUGCAGUUCAGCUUGUGACCAUGGCAGUUUGGCUCUUCUUGCAGGAUCUAUGCUUAUCAGCAGCAUUACAGUGAAUACGAAAUCCUCCUCAUGGCUGCACUGGCCCUGGGUUUGUAGUGGAUGACCCGUCCUCAGAAGGUGUGUUUAUGCCCAUUCCUGCCAAUACAUCCGCUGAAGAUCUCUGCCUGCUUGUAUAUAAUUCAGCAUCCAGCAGAGGAAAGUCGAGUGUUAAGGACGGUGCCUUUGCUAGCAGCUUGUCUCCCUCCAGACAAGUGUAAAAUUGUGGUUGGUCGACGUUUCAGUGAAGACAGGUAUCCUGAAUUAGCAGCUGUGUGCAGAAGUCCCAAUACUCUAAUUCUGUAUCCUGGAGCUGAAGCAACCAAUUUGGAAGAAAUUGUUGUGCUGUCUUCUAGUCCAUCUGUUAUGAUUAUCAUCGAUGGAACAUGGAGUCAGGCUAAAGAUAUAUUUUACAAAAAUUCUCUCUUCCGGCUUCCCAAGCAGGUGCAGAUAAAAACCAACAUUUCAAGUCAAUAUGUAAUUCGUACACAGCCAACAAACACCUGUCUGUCUACACUUGAAUGUGCAGCUGUUGCUCUUACAAUCAUGGAAAAAAAUAAGAAUAUACAAGAGACUAUACUACGUCCACUUCAAGCUUUAUGCUCUUUCCAGCUUCAGCAUGGUGCCCAGAUCCAUCACAGCAAGGAGCAUCUUCUCAGAAAUGGCUUAUAUGACAAGCCAAUGCCAAAGAAUAAGCGCAAACUCAGAAGAAUGGAGCUUUUGGUGAAUAAUGUUAAAAUAUAAGAAAACUGUACCGACAGUACAGUGGGAUUCAUUUGCAGCUAGCAAAUGAAUAUGAAUCUCGAUUUGAUCCAAACAGUUGACUGUACUGUAAUAAAAAAAAACUUUAGGCCCUUCAUAGGCAAGAGUUUGUCUACCAAUGUGACAAACAGUAAUGGACAUGCUUUUUCAUGUUCACAGUAGGCCAGGUGCCUUUGUUCAGGAAAUAGAAGAUCAUUUUCAUUUCCUAUAAAAAAGAAGAAAACUCUGAGCGUAAUUUAGAAUUAUGUUAUCUCUUGGGUGUCAAGUAUGAUCCUCAAUAUGACUGGAUAAAUUUACUUUGAAGAAGUUUUUAUCAGGACAAAAAAGACAAAAAAUAUGGAAUAGUAAGGCUUCAGCAUUUAGAAAUAUAUUGAAUUUCUGAACUUCAGGAUCUAAUUACAGUAGGUUUUCAAACUGUAAUUCCUUAUAUUGCUUAAUUCAGAUGAACAUAAGGCAUGGUAUUUGGAUAGUUCUUUUUAACUUUGAGACUUUCAUUUCUUACAUUAUUAGAAUUGCUUUUUUGUAAAUUUAUAUACAAUUUACAAUGCAGCCAGGCUUAGUUUGUCUCUCAGACUGAACUUUUAAAUUAAGCCUGCAUAUGUUUUUACCAGAACCUGAACAUUUCCAACUUAGAAAAAAACCAAGAAAGUGAAUGUAGAGAAAUGCUUUUUGGAAUUAUAACUCAGGUACUUCACUUUUACUUGAGCAAAAACUACUCUUCCACAAAACAGGACAUUUUAUGAACGUGGAUACCUCAUACCCAUACCCUAAAGGAAUUAAGCCAGCCCAGUGUAAGGAGCUAUGUAAGAACUAUAUGCAAUGAGAAAUUAUUAUGGCUGGAUACAACCUACUAAUAUGAUUACAGAUCCUUUAAUUUCAUGUAUUCUUUAAUUAGUUCUGUUUUCACAGUGGUAUAACUGUACCUCUUUCUAAUGGGAAUCACUAGAAGCGGAAGAAUAGGGUAUUUUUACAAGCUUUGUAAAGUAAUAUUUUAUGAUCUGGAGGAAAAAAUAAAGUGAAAUAAAGGUU